GAUAGUUGAAGUUGUAAAAAAUGGAUGAGUCCUCUGGGAAAAAUACCACGAAAAACUGUGAAAAAACACCUGAAUCACCGUGAGUUGUUCUGCAAUUUUCAAGCAAAAUUAGUUAGUUUUUUUUAAUGUUUCAGAGUCCACACGCUUUGUUCGUCUCAAAGUGAGAAAAAUCAAUAUCUUGGAAGUCACAAAAAACAUGAUUCAUUGAAUGAUAUUUUGGUUUGAGAGAAAAACAUUAAAGCUGAACAAAAAAAAAUUCAGGGAAUGUCGUGUUCACCGGAAAGGAUGCCCGUGAAUCGUACACCAAUAAUUCCAGAGUGAGAAGAAGUUUCUUCAUUAAAACAUAAAUAGCCACAAUUUCCGUUUCAAUUAAAACAAUUAUUAUUUCUGACUGCUUAUCUUCUGAAAAUUAAUAAGUUUAAAACACAAAUAUUUCAAGACCAAUAUUCCAAGUGGCUGUAACUAUACCAAACAGUCAAAUUGCAAUCCGCGCGUGUAUCCUUUAUGAGCAUCUUCACGGGAAGAUGCUUACAGUGGCAUAUAGAAACUUCUGCGACAAAGUUGGGAAUGGUGUCAUUGAAUUUGAGUCUUUUGAGUUUUGGUUUAAUCAAUUCCAAACUGGGAAUCAUGAUUUGAGAUAUGAUAUUGAGAAUGCGCUUGAACCUCGUUCUUUGGCAGAAAUCACUUCUACAGCCAUGGCUUCUGGUGUGCUUUAGUAGAGCUGUAAGUCUUGUGAAGGUUGUAGGGAGUAAUUGGGAUAUUCAGAUCCGAAAGCAAAUCAAGGAAAUGUUUGGAUGGAGCUCAGAGCAGCAUAUUGUCCAAAUUCGAUCUAUUACAAGCUGA